AUGGAUCCGGCCGCCGCCGCCGCACGGCGGCAGGCGGACAAGUGGAUGAGCGUGGCCGAGAAGCUCCUCAUGGCGAAGGACCUCGAGGGCUGCAAGGAAUUCUCCUCCCAGGCCAUCGCCGCCGACCCCCGUACCCCGGGCGCCGAGGAUCUCUACGCCGCCGCCGACGUCCUCCUCGCGUCCCAGCGCCGCCGCUUACCCAACGGCAAGCCCGAUCCAUACGCUGUUCUCGGCCUCGACCCUGCCAUGCCCGCAUCGCGCCUCCCGGACGUCGUCCAUUCCAAGUUCCGCCGGCUCUCCCUCCUCCUCAACCGGUCCCACCCCGACCGCCCCUGCUCGGUGUACGUCGCCGAGGCUGCCCGCCUCGUCGCCGAUGCCUGGGCCUUCCUCUCCAACGCCGGACUUAAGUCCGCCCUCGACGCCGAACUCGAUGCAGCCGCUGCACCUCGCCCACCGAUGCAACAGCCGGCGGUGGAGAGGAGGCCGCACCCGUCGCCGCCUCCACAGCAGAGCCCGGUAUGGGCAGCUCCCCAGCCACGGCCACAUCCACAGCGGAUCCCGGUACGGCCAGCUCCCCAGCCAACGCCGCCUCUACAGCCGAGUUCGCUGCGAGCAGCUACCCAGACACCGCCGCCUCCACAGCCGAGUUCGCUGCGAGCAGCUACCCAGACACCGCCGCCUCCACAGCCGAGUUCACUGCGAGCAGCUACCCAGACGCCGCCGCCUCCACAGCCGAGCCGGCUGCAACCAGCUACCCAGCCACAGCCGUCUCCACAGCCGAGCCCACUGCAAGCAGCUACCAAGCCACCGCCGUCUCCACAGCCAAGUCCGUUGCAAGCAGCUACCAAGCCACCGCCGUCUCCACAGCCAAGUCCGCUGCAACCAGCUACCCAGCCACCGCCGCCUCCACAACCUAGUCCGCUGCAAGCAGCUUCCCAGCCACCCGCCAGAGCAGCGACUCCGCCGGUGGAGUCUGGCACAUUGCCUGCGUCGACGUUCUGGACAUUGUGCAAGGGGUGCUCCCAUAUUCACCAGUAUGAUCGCCUCUACGAGGCGCGCAAACUGAAGUGCUCCAGCUGCCACCAGCCAUUUGUAGCUGAGGCAAUGGCGGAGCCGCCGCCCAUUGUGCCGGGCACUGACAUGUAUUACUGUACCUGGGGCUUCUUCCCCAUUGGGUUCCCCGGAUGCCCUGGCUACGUGGAUCUGGUCAAUUCCCAGCCACAGGGGUCAGGUCAGCUGAAUGUGCCAUGGCUUGGAGCCAAUGGUAGGGUUGCUGCUGAGAAUGGGACUCCCAUUACCAUAGGUGCUGCAAGGGAGGAGCCAGUGGCAUCUGAACCUUCGCCGGAACCUUUAAUGCGCACGAGAGUGGAGGUGCCACUGGUACCGGAACCUGCGCCAGAACCUUUAAUGCGCAUGAGAGUGGGGGUGCCAGCCAUGCCGGAACCUGUGAUGCCCACAAGAGUGGAGGUUCCAGCCGCGCCGGAACCUGUGAUGCCCACGAGAGUGGAGGUGCCUGCCGCGCCGGAGCCUGUACAGCCCACGAGAGUGAAGUCAGUGAAAGUGGGAGCAAAGAAGCGUGGUCGACCCAAAGGCAGCAAGAACAAGAAGAAUUUGCGAGUUGUGACUUGA